GCCACAGACUGUGGUACUUUGUAACCAUUGCAGUCGCGUAAUUAUUCAUUUCAGUUAGAAUUUUGAAGCUUCUGUCAUGGGCAACCACACGAAAUACAAUUUACAGGUCCCUUCUGCAUUUUUUUUCUGCCUUGUUGUCUACUGCUGCUGCUCUUUUCCACAACUCAGUGAUGCUGCUGCAACCACUGAUCCGAAAGAAGUUGAGGCACUCAAAGUAAUUGCCAGCAAAAUGAAGAUUUCGAAAUGGGACUUUAGUUUGGAUCCGUGCAAAAAUGACGAUUCAAACUGGUAUACUCUUGACGACGCACUCGGGCCGCGUGGGGUCAUGUGCAACUGUGAAUUUGAGAAAAAUACCACUUGCCAUGCCGUUAAGCUAAUAGUGGUGUAUGAAGAACUGCAAGGGAUUAUUCCCCCUGAAUUGGCUAAUCUUACCUACUUGCAAAGCAUCGACCUGAGAUUCAAUUAUCUGAGUGGAUCUAUUCCUGCAACUAUAGGCUCAUUAUCGCGCCUUGAAUAUAUGUCGCUUGGGCAAAAUCGUUUAACUGGUCAAAUUCCGAAGGAAUUGGGGAACCUUACUAAGCUGAUAUCUCUGAGUUUUGAGAUGAAUAGCUUAUCUGGAACGCUGCCGCCAGAGCUUGGGAAUUUGACAAAUCUGGAACGAUUUUAUAUGCGAAGCAAUCAAAUCAGUGGAACAAUACCUACAACGUUUUCCAAGUUAAAGAAGCUGCAAGUAUUUUGGGCAUCUAGCAACAACUUCACCGGAAAACUUCCAGAUCUCAUUGGAAACUGGACCCAACUUGAGGACUUGAAACUGGAAGGCACUUCUUUUGAAGGGCCAAUUCCUUCAACCCUAUCAAAUUUGACUAAAUUGACUAGCCUCAUCAUAUGUGAUCUGCCUAAUGGUGGCACAUCCCUUCCAGUCUUACCAAACCUGAAGAAUCUCAAAACAUUAUUUUUAAGAAACAAUAAUAUCUCUGGUCAAAUUCCCGAAUACAUUGGAAAAUUGGACGAACUACAGAUGCUGGAUUUGAGCUUUAACAAUUUGAGAGGACAAAUACCAGAUUCCUUGAGAAAUUUGAGCUCUUUGAAGUACUUGUUUCUUGGUAGCAAUAAUUUAACGGGACCACUCCCUUCAUGGUUGAAUGUAGCUGGUAGGAAAAUAGAUUUGUCAUACAACAACUUCUCAGGGCUGAUUCCAACAUGGUAUAACGACUAUAAUCUAACCAUAAACUUGAUUGGAAAUUUCUUGGAGAGCAAUGCAACAAAUCAAAGCUCAUUGGCUUGUCUCCAACGAAGCUUUCCAUGUCACAAAGGAAAACCAAAGAUUUCUUCCUUGGCCAUCAAUUGUGGAGGUCCAAAGUGGAUUGAUUCUUCAACAAGAGUAACUUUUGAGAGUGAUAAUGAAGUACUAAGUUCAGCAUCAUUCUACAUGAAUUCUGCAGCAGGCUGGGGAGUUAGUUCUGUAGGAUUUUUUGUAAAUGACUCAGGUUUAAGCAUUGAAAGAAGCGAUCAAUAUAACUACACAGCAAAUGACAAUCAGAACAUAUCAAUAUAUCAAACUGCACGUCUUUCUCCCCUUUCCCUGAGAUACUAUGGACUAGGUCUUGAGAAUGGCGUGUACAAUGUGGAACUCCACUUUGAUGAAAUCCAGAUUCCAAGUGGACAAGUCUGGCGGAGUCUUGGAUCGCGUUUCUUUGAUGUCUUUGUACAGGGAACUCGAAAGUUACGAGAUUUCAAUAUCAAGGAGACCGCUGGAGACUCGAAUGUGGCAAUUAAAGAGACCUAUAAUGUCAGUGUGACUGAAAACGUCCUUGAUGUGCAUCUUUUUUGGGCUGGAAAGGGAACUUUUGGCAUCCCAUCUGACUGGACGCGUGGACCUUUAGUGUCAGCAAUUAGGGUUACUCCUGGAUUCAAGGCAACUAUUGGCAUUGAAAGUUCCAGUAACAACAACCGAAGAACCACUGGAAUUAUUAUUGGAGUUAUUGUUGGGGUUGGCGUUCUACUAUGCUUAUUCUUAGUGCUUGUAAGAAAAAGGAGAAGGAAUAGAAAAUUUUCUUCAGGCUAUGACAGCGAAGAUUUCAAGAAUAUGGCUGGAAAAGCUCAUCUUUUCAGUUUAUCAGAAAUGAAAAUAGCUACAAAAGAUUUUGAUAUUGAAAACAAAAUAGGAGAGGGCGGGUUUGGGGCGGUUUACAAGGGUGUGCUGCAAAAUGGAAAUCUUGUGGCAGUAAAGAAGCUGUCCUCCACGUCUGGUCAAGGAAAACGGGAAUUUCUAAAUGAGGUGGCCACGAUAUCUGCUGUGCAACACCGGAAUCUCGUCAAACUCUGUGGGUGUUGUAUUGAAGACGAACAGCGACUCCUGGUCUUUGAAUAUAUGCCUAACAACAGUCUAGGGCAAGCUUUAUUUGGUUCUAAUCGAUCUAAGCUAAGCCUUGAUUGGCCUAUACGGUUUAACAUUUGCCUUGAAGUUGCACGUGGGUUGGCAUAUCUUCAUGAAGAAUCGAGAAUUAGAAUUAUACAUCGAGACAUCAAACCAAAUAAUAUCCUUCUAGAUGAAUAUCUAAAUCCAAAAAUAGCUGAUUUUGGAUUGGCGAGGCUCUAUGAUGCUGCGAAAAGUCACAUCAGUACUAGAGUGGCAGGAACAAUCGGAUAUCUAGCUCCAGAGUAUGCUUUGCGUGGACAUCUCACGGAGAAAGCUGACGUUUUUAGCUUUGGAGUAGUUGCUCUGGAAGUUGCUAGCAACAGAAGUCAUGAAGACAGGAACUUGCCAGAUGAGAUGGUCUAUCUUCUCGAUUUGGCCUGGCAAUUGUACGAGGAGGGGAGACUUCUAGAUUUGGUUGAUACCAGCGUUCUUUCCACUUACUCCGCCGAAGAAGUUAUUAGAGUGAUUCACGUGGCUCUUUUAUGUACACAGGCAACUCCCACGCAACGACCUUCAAUGUCACAGGUUGUUGCCAUGCUUGGAGGGGCAAUGGAAAUUAAUCCACCACAAUGUCGCCCUGGAUAUAUCAAAGACUGGCAGCUUACAGGACAGAAUGGCAACACUACAAGCAGGGGAGAUGGCAAAUCGUGGACAUGGAGCAUGAGCCUGACAAUGGAAGGUAGAUCAGAAAACUUGUAACAUAAAUAAAAUUCAACAACCCUAAUCUGCAUCUCUGUAGUUGGCUUUGGAGUAGCUUUUUAAAGUCUGGAAGUUUGAUCUUCUGUUACUUGGUAGUUAUGUUGCAGUUAGUCCAGGUAACCAAUGAACCUGCUCCAUGCCAUGUUGUGAUGAUAUUAUUUUAGAGAUGACUCCAUGCAUAUGAAAAAAACCACCUUUAGCUGUGAGUACCUUGAUGAUGCCUAUAAAUUAUGGCACAAUGAAGAUAUGUGUACUUGUCACAGGCAUAUACGAAGAGCCCAACUACCUCUUUCAUAGCUAAGAUAUAUUAGCGAUGUAGCUUGAGACGGAGGUCCAAGAAGAGAAUAAGAUUUUUUAAAUUGUAUGCAACAACUCAUCAUAUCUAUUUUUCGUAUGAUGGCACGUAUUAAAUUUGAUUACGGUUCA